AUGAAGAACACGCACGGCCGACCGGCGGAGCGACUCGACGACACGCCGAGCUUCGAGGUGACGCUCCAGCAACUCAACGACUUGUUGACGGACGACAGCGGCUUGUACAGCUGGCCGAGUCGACACUUCCACGAGAUCUGCCCGCGGGUCUACGUGGGCAACGCGUUUGUGGCAAUGGACGUGAUGCGUCUGAAGCGUCAGAGCGUCACUCACAUCCUGAACGCCGCGGAGGGGAACUCCUUCAUGCACGUCAACACCAACGCUGAGUUCUACGCCGGCACAGGCAUCAUCUACCACGGCAUACCAGCCAGCGACACCGACCACUUCGACAUCAGUGUGUACUUUGAAGAGGCCGCAGAAUUCAUCGAGAAGGCGCUGGUGUACAAAAAUGGAAAAGGUAAAGUGUACGUCCAUUGCAGGGAAGGCUACAGCCGCGCGCCCACCUUGGUCAUAGCCUACCUGAUGCUUCGCCAGAACAUGGACGUCCACCCCGCUCUGGCUACGGUGCGGCACAAACGAGAGAUCGGACCCAACGACGGCUUCCUUCGGCAGCUCUGUGGGCUGAACCAGAGGCUGGCCGCUGAGGGAAAGCUCUGGAACAAAUGA